AUGUCUACUGCACGUAGUUUCUCACCACCUUCGUCCGGUUAUGAAAUCCUGGAUAUCCGAACCCCAGAGUACGGUACGGUCAAGCUUUCCACCACCAAGAUGGGAGCCCAGGUUCCCGGUCAUGACAGUGCGAGACCUCCAUCGCCGCCAGCUUCCACAGAUCCUUCUGUGGAUGCGUUUAACAGUGAUGAUUUGGUCGAUACCUUGAUGGACUCGCUCAAUAAGCCCUUUGGACAAAAAUCCAUUCCUACCUUUGUUCUGUAUGAUACGCGUGGUCUGCAAUUGUUUGAUGAAAUCACCCAUCUCCCGGAAUACUAUCUUACCGAAGCCGAAAGGAAUAUUUUGCUCCGUCGAGCCGAUCAACUGGCAGACAGGUUGAAGGAUGGCAGUAUUUUGGUCGAAUUAGGCGCUGGGUCACUAAAAAAGACGCAAAUUAUCCUGCAGGCCGUGGAAAGAAGACGACUUCGCGUGACUUACUAUGCUUUGGAUUUGGAUCAGCAUGAGCUGGAACGUUCGCUGGCUUCGUUGGGCGAGUUCCAGUAUGUCGAACUCAAGGGUUUGCUGGGAACCUAUGAUCAGGGCAUUCCAUGGAUCAAUCACAAUUUUACAUAUGACAAGAAUCCCACCCAUAAAAUGGUGCUUUGGCUUGGUAGUUCCAUUGGCAACCAAAGUCGCCAUGAAUCCGCCGACUUUUUGCGUCGUAUUCAACGGACAUGCUUGCAACCGGGUGAUUUCUGUGUCAUUGGGUUCGAUCAGCGCAAUGAACCUGCCAAGAUUGAAGCUGCUUACAACGAUGCUCAAGGGGUGACGAGAGAAUUUAUCAUGAACGGCCUGGAUCAUGUCAACACCAUUCUUGGUCACAACCUGUUUGACCGAUCAAAAUUUGCUUACGAUACCCGGUAUCAACGUACCAUUGGUCGUCACACAGCUCAUUACCGUGCCUUGGAAGACAUGACCAUGCAGUACAAAAACAAGAACGGUGUCAACGAGAUCCGCUUGAAGAAGGAUGAACUGAUCCAUGUGGAACACUCUUACAAAUACUCAACGGAAGAAAUCGAUCAAAUUCUCAACUCGGCGGAAUUAAACUUGGCCGACAUGUGGACGGAUGACGAGGAUCAGUAUCGGUUGGUCGUGGCGGAAUGUCGUCCCUUCUUGUUCAAGCGGCGUAUCACCGGGUUCGUGGAUCCCAAGGCAAUCGUGGAAGAUGAAAGGUUGGAUUGUUGUGUAUGCAACGACCCUCAUUUACAGACGGCGGGGGAAGACGAUGAGGUCGCUGCUGGAGCUGAUCAAACGAUGGCGUCCUUGGCCAAGGCGCGUUGGCCAACGACGGUGCCUACUCUGCAGGAAUGGCAGCAACUGUGGCGAUCAUGGGACCAUGUUACGCGAACCAUGCUGGACCACAAGACCAUGUUGUUUGAACGACCUAUUGCGUUGCGUCAUCCUUUCAUCUUUUACCUUGGACACAUCCCGGGCUUUUUGGAUAUUUUGCUGACACGUCACAAGGUCGAUGGACAGCCGCUGACGGAACCGGCCCACUUUGCCGACAUUUUCGAACGUGGCAUUGACCCUGACAUGGAUGAUCCGACCCAAUGCCAUCCUCACUCGGAAGUCCCCACCAACGACACAGACUGGCCGUCCAUUAAUGACAUGAUGCGAUACCAGCAAAACAUUCGUAACCGACUGGAACGGAUCCUGCUGCAAUGGGAAACUGAGCACUGUGACAACGAGGAGUGGAUGGCGAUGCCGGAACGUCAACGAAAAGCACGCAUUACCUGGAUGUGUUUUGAACAUGAAGCGAUGCAUUUGGAAACCUUACUUUACAUGCUGGUUCAGAGCCCCAACAUCCAACCACCACAACACGUCGCUUGGCCAUCGUGGAAACUCGCCUUGAUGCACCCAUCCAGGUAUGAAUCUCGGAUUGAAAAGCGCGACCGGUGCCUGGAUGCGGCUCCCUUGGUGCCUAUUGAUGCUGGUUCCGUCACCAUUGGUCACCAUGAUCCUGAAUGUGACGACCGACUUGAGGUGAAUGCGUCCAAUGUAGAGUAUGGAUGGGAUAACGAGCAUCCCCGUCGCACAGUGGAUGUUGGAGCCCCCUUCCAAAUCCAAACCCGCCCGGUGACGAAUGGUGAAUACCUGGCGUAUCUGCAAGCCACCAAUGCCGUACACAAGAAAUUACCAGCGUCCUGGGAAUGGAUGCAAGGCGAGGAUGGGGAACAAGAAGUCGGGGUGAAAACCGUGUUUGGUCUGUGUCCUCUAUCGUAUGCCAUGCAUUGGCCGGUUCAAGUGUGUUGUGCAGAUGCCGAAGCUUACGCACAUUACCAAGGUAUGCGUUUACCGACCGAGCAUGAACUGUUGCGAUUCCGACAAGCAGCUUCCCGUAUGGCGAGGAGCAAGAUUCCCAAUAUCGGCUUUGCACAGUGGCAUCCAACUGACGUGAGCAACGAUGAGAUCCAUACAUUGGGUGACGUAUGGGAGUGGACAAGUACAGUGUGGGACCGAUAUCCCGGCUACGAAACAUCCACCAUCUAUCCUGGCUAUUCUUCAGAUUUCUUUGACGGUAAACAUCGCACCAUCUUGGGUGGUAGCUGGGCUACGCAUCCACGAAUCGCCGAACGUUGGUCUUUCCGCAACUGGUACCAGGUCGCUUAUCCUUACGUCUUUUGUGGCUUCCGAUGCUGUCAAAGCUAA